AAAAAAAAUAGUACUGUUGGGGGUUCUGUAGUAGUGGAGAAAGUGCCCUUUGGUCACUCCCUCCCACUCAAUCCAACUAACAACCAACACCAACGAAAAGAAAAAUCCAGAAGCAGAAGAAGAAGAAGUGAGAACCACCAACCACAGUUUUGCUAGUGUGCUCCUCAUCACUCUCUCCCCAAUGACUUCUGCGAGGUGUUGCAGCAGGAUUGGUCUUGUUCAUCUCCUUUUCCUUGCUCUUCUCCACAGCAGCACUCUUUCUCUUAUUGCAGCUGCCAGAACAAAUGUUUACAUUGUGUACAUGGGUGAAAGGCAGCAGCAGGAUGAGCCUGAACUAGUUCAAGACUCCCACCAUGAGCUUGUCUCCAAUUUUGUUGGAAGCAAAGAAGCUGCAGAGGAAUCCAUUCUUUACAGCUACAAGCAUGGGUUCUCAGGGUUUGCUGCAGCCUUGACCAAGUCACAAGCCAAGCUUAUUGCAGAUUCCCCAGGAGUUGUUUGGGUGGCCAGAAACAGAAUCCUCACUACUCAGACAACAAGGAGCUGGGAUUAUCUGAGGGUAAAACCUGAGCUCCCUGAUGGGAUUGCUUCAAGAGGCCAUUCUGGAGCUGGCUCCAUUGUUGGUGUCAUGGACACAGGGAUAUGGCCAGAAUCAAAAAGCUUCGUGGAUGAUGGUAUGGCAGAGGCGCCAUCUCGUUGGAAAGGCAUUUGUCAGGAAGGACAAGGGUUCAAUACUUCUCACUGUAACAGGAAACUCAUCGGAGCACGGUGGUACAUAAAGGGCUACGAAGCCGAGUUCGGCAAAGUCGACACUAGCGACGGAGUCGAGUUCUUAUCCCCGAGAGACGCCGGCGGCCAUGGAACCCACACGUCAUCAACCGCAACCGGGCUUCCAGUCCAAGGCGCAAGCUUCAUGGGCCUGGCCCAAGGAACAUCCAGAGGCGGGGCCCCAUCAGCCUGGCUAGCAAUCUACAAGGUCUGCUGGGCUACAGGCGGAUGCAGCUCCGCCGACAUCCUCGCAGGAUUCGAUGACGCCAUCGCCGACGGCGUCGACGUGCUGUCCGUGUCGCUGGGGACAUCUCCGCCGCUGGCCUCUUACGUGGCGGAUCCCCUGGCGAUUGGGUCGUUCCACGCCGCCUGCCGUGGGAUCACCGUGGUUUGCUCCGGCGGGAAUUCGGGGCCUUACUCGCAGACCGUGAUUAAUACUGCUCCGUGGGUUGUUACCGUUGCGGCGAGCUCCGUUGAUCGGGAUUUCCCCGUUGUAAUCACUCUUGGGAAUGGCAGGACUGUUGUGGGGCAGGGUUUGUAUACGGGGAAGGAAGUGGAGGACUUUCACCCCAUUGUUUAUGGAGGAGACAUUGCUGCUGAUGAUUCUGAUCAAGAUAGUGCUAGGAGUUGUGAAUCAGGAAGCUUGAAUGCAACUCUAGCAAAGGGGAAAGUGAUACUGUGCUUCCAAUCUAGAUCACAAAGGUCAGCCACAGUUGCUCUAACAAUGGUGGAGGAUGUUGAAGCUGUGGGGCUCGUAUUCGCCAGGGUACCAACCAAGGAUGUGUCUUCAUGUUAUAGAGUCCCUUGUGCACAAGUGGAUUUCACCAUUGGGACAUCUCUACUCACUUACAUUGGAUCAAACACCAAACCUGUGGUGAAGUUCAGCUCCACUAAGACUACAAUUGGCAGCCAGACUUCCCCGGAAAUAGCAUUGUUCUCGUCGAGGGGACCCAGUUCCCUCUCCCCUGCCAUACUCAAGCCAGAUAUAGCUGCUCCUGGAGUCAACAUCCUAGCAUCAUGGUCACCAUUUGCUUCUUCCAUUGAUGACCCACUGGACUUCAAGAUUGAGUCAGGAACUUCCAUGUCAUGCCCCCACAUUUCUGGCAUAGUUGCCCUAAUCAAAUCCAUCCACCCAACUUGGUCCCCUGCUGCAAUCAAGUCUGCCCUCAUCACAACAGCUUCAACACAAGAUGAAUAUGGUGAAACCUCCAUUGCAGAGGGAGCUCCAGAGAAGCUGGCUGACCCAUUCGACUACGGUGGUGGA